ACUCUGAGAGAGAGAAAUGUAAAAAAACUACACAUUUAUUUUCUCAUUCAUGAUAAAUGGUGAAACAGCGCCCCCCUCCCGUCGGCCUCGAGUUAGCGGCCACUGCCGGUAUUACACGUGCAUGUUGUUCAGCUCAGGCAACAGCACUGACCGCGCAUGAAUGGCCGAUGCACCUGACGGCAAAUUCCCGUCCAUUAAUCUGCGCUCGUGAGACUUCGUGAGUCUUCGGGAGUUUCCGUGAGUCUUCGGGAUGGAGAUAGAAGCUCCAGAUCUUUUAUUUUAGUCUCCAAUAUGACGAAAUGCAGCUUGUUUUCGUGUCUACUUUUGGGCUCUGUGUGAAUCUGGCCUGUUCCACUACUACUCUCGCUGUCUUUAGAGCCGCCCACCUUCCUUCUGUCACAUAAUGGUAUAACCCUAGUCUGUCCUCGCCUGUGAUUGGCCGCGCGGUGUGCCCGUCAACACUAAGUCCCGCCCCCCUGUCUGCAUGGAUGAGCUCUUCGGCUCUUCCCGGUCGCAACAGAGGAUAAUCGGCUCUUUUUAGUUCGUGAGUCUUCGGGAUUCUCCGUGGAUCUCCGUGAGUCUCCGGUUCCACCCUGACUGCAAUGGGAUGCUGCGGUAGCGCGGAGAGGACAAAGAGAGAAUGGAGACCUCUGGAGGACCGGAGCUGCACAGACCUGCCCUGGUUCCUGCUCUUCACCAUCUUCUGCGUCGGCAUGGGCAGCAUCUGCGGCUUCACCAUCGCCACCGGAGGCGCCGCUCGCCUCGUCUUCGGCUACGACAGCUACGGGAACACAUGUGGUCAACGCAACGAGCCGAUCGAGGGCGUGAGGCUGAGCGGCCUGGACCACAGCGACAGGAAGUUCGUGUUCUUCUUGGACCCGUGUAACAUCGACAUCGUUCAGAGGAAGAUCCGCUCCCUGGCUCUCUGUGUGUCUCUGUGCCCCCCCGAGAAGAUGGAAACCUACCAGGACCUGAAGAGGUUCGCCAUGCUCAACGGUUCCGAGUUGUGUUCCUAUGAGUUAGCGGGUCACAAAUAUCCAGGUCUCCCUGAGAGGUUCUCCAGAUGUCCCAAACUUCCUGUUCCGCCCAGUAAGCCCCUCCCGGUGUUUAACCGCUGCACCCCGGUGGAUAUCUCCUGCUAUGCUAAGUUCUCGGAGGCGGUGGUGACGUUCGUCGGGGAUCACAGCGUUCUGCAUCGUCUGAUCGCAGGGGUCGCCGCCAGCAAAGAGAUCAUCAUCGGGCUGUGUGUGCUGGCCCUGAUCCUCUCCAUGAUCCUGAUGCUCAUCAUCCGCUACAUCUCUGCGCUGCUCGUCUGGAUCCUCACCUCUCUGGUGGUGCUGGGGUCUCUGGCGGGGACCAGCGUCCUCUGGUGGCUCUACAUCGAUCACCGUCUCUAUGGAAACGCCACCAGCAGUCACCUGAGGGAGGAGCUUAGAGAGGAGGGGGCAGAACUUAGAGCGGAGGGGGCGGAGCUUAGGGACAGUGGGCAGGCGCUGCUUGUCUACGCCGCCGCCGCCACCGUCUUCACCAUCAUCCUGCUGCUGCUCAUGCUGUUCAUGAGGAAGCGGGUGGCGCUCACCAUCGCUCUGUUCCACGUGGCGGGGAAGGUGUUCCUGCACCUGCCGCUGCUCGCCCUGCAGCCCUGCCUCACCUUCCUGGCCCUGCUGCUCUUCUGGAGCUACUGGGUCCUAGUGCUGCUCUUCCUGGGCACCAGCG